UUUCUCCCAUUCCUAGCUGGCUCUCUCCUGUGUAUAUAUACCCUCACCCAUUCUUUGUCUUCCUAUACAUAUAUACACACACAUGUACAUGUUAUAAUAACAUGGGUUUAAGGGACAUUGGAGCUGCACUUCCUCCGGGAUUUAGGUUUUAUCCGAGUGAUGAAGAAUUAGUGUGCCAUUAUCUUCACAAAAAGAUUGCACAUGAGGAUGUUUCCAAAGGUACUCUAGUGGAUAUUGACCUUCACACAUGUGAGCCAUGGCAGCUUCCUGAGGUGGCGAAGCUGAAUUCAACAGAGUGGUACUUCUUCAGCUUCAGGGAUCGGAAGUAUGCUACCGGAUAUCGAACAAAUAGAGCCACCACAUCAGGAUACUGGAAGGCCACCGGAAAAGAUCGUGCAGUGGUGGAUCCAGGGACUAAUUGUGUUGUUGGAAUGAGAAAGACUCUGGUGUUCUACAAAAAUAGAGCUCCUAAUGGGAUUAAAACCGGCUGGAUCAUGCAUGAAUUCCGCCUUGAAAAUCCGCUCAUCCCUCCUAAGGAGGACUGGGUGUUAUGUAGAGUUUUUUACAAAUCAAAGACAGAAAGCAACAUUGAACUCAGCCAACAAAAUGUAUAUGAUGCUGAGGCAAGAGCUGGUGGUGACACAUCUCCUAAUGCUGCACAAAUUAUGCUUCCAUCUUGUAAUAUUUAUCAUAACCAAACUUUCAGUUCCGAAAGCCCUGCACCUCAUGAUCACCAAAACCCUAGCAAUCACCACACCAUUUCACCAUUAAACCCUAAUCUCCUUCUUCUAUCUCAUCAUCAAUUUCACACUGAUCAUCUUAAUGAAAUGAUCAUGAUCAACUCCAAGUGUGAAAUUAUAGAUAAUUACGGAUUUUUAAUGGAUACAAGCUUUGAAGAUAUGCAUCCGGGAGAUGGAACUUCAAAUAUGGAGAUGAAAUUUGAAGAUAAUCACAGCAGCAUUUUCCUCCAAUAAAACAUUCUGGUUAUGUUAUCGCGAGACAAGGCCGAGAUGUUUAAUAAGCAGAAGAUGUACACACACCAUAUACAAAUAUAUAUGUAGUAGUACUAUUCAAAUUAAUUGUAUAUCUAUAGCUAUAUAGUUCACCAUAGCUGGUACUAGAGAUAUCUUAAAGGCUUGUAAGAUUGUAUAUAUAAUUAUUUGGAUAAUUUACAUUUCAAUA